CUUUAGUCAGAGACAGAAACACACCAAACUCAGCCAAGGUAGGCGGGGAUGACUUUCAGUUUCACAUACGCCCACCACCAUUUCUUUCUCUGCCGCUCAUAAAUUUACACAUUCAGAGAAACAACAACAGAACAGUCAACAAUUUCUGUUGUUUUUUUCCCUUCCUUCACUGUCUUGCAUUUCUCCAUUCAAAAUUCCUUAUCUCCACGAGACUUCCGUUUAAUUGCCAAAAAAACAACGCGUUUGUUUCAUUCAUUUAUCGAAAUUAAUCACAACAACCGCCUCUAGAUUGCUAGUACUGUAGUUUAUCUGACUUUGCAUUCACUUUUGAAUACUUUUUUGGGUUCUUCUUCUUGAUUCUGAAGUGGGAGUUUUAUCAUUUAUGGGAUCUUUUUGAAUUCUUUGUUGGAGGGACUGUAGCUUGGAAGGAGGGAAAAUGGGAGGGGUUUGUCCUGGUGGAACGAAAAGGAAGAAUGUGAAGGCUGUGGAGGAGAAGAAAAAUAAUAGUGGUAACAAUACUUCAGGGAAAUUAAGGUCAUUACACAGUAUCGGCAAGAAAAGAGAGAGUCCUUAUAGGAAUAAUAACGGGGAUGAUUUUCGCAAAACGAUGCCAGAGAGGUCGAACUCUGGUGAGUUUUUAUCGGCUUUCUCAAGGGAACUCAAGCCAUCAACGCCUGCUAGGACAGAGGCCAACAAGAUAAAUCAAAAGAAGUCAUUUUUAGGGAAAGCUGGGACAGUGGGACUGGAGAAAGCAGUGGAAGUCUUGGAUACUCUAGGAAGUAGCAUGUCAAAUUUGAAUCCCAGAGGGGGAUUUGCCUCUGGAAUGGGUUCUAGAGGGAACAGGAUAUCGAUAUUGGCAUUUGAAGUGGCCAAUACAAUAGCCAAAGGCGCAAACUUGUUUCAAUCUCUUUCAGAAAAAAAUGUUGAGUUCUUGAAAAAAGAGGUCCUACAUUCAGAAGGAGUGCACAAGUUGGUUUCUACUGACAUGAAUGAGUUGCUCAUAAUUGCUGCUUCUGACAAAAGAGAGGAAUUCGAUGUUUUCUCACGCGAAGUGAUUCGGUUUGGAGAUUUAUGUAAAGACCCUCAAUGGCACAAUCUGGGUCGAUAUUUUUCAAAAUUGGAUUCAGAAAACUCAUUUGAGAGGCAACACAGAACCGAGGCAGAGGUGACAAUGCAAGAGCUGACCACUCUGGUGCAGCACACUUCUGAACUAUAUCACGAGUUGAAUGCUUUGGACAGAUUUGAUCAAGAUUAUCAGCGAAAGCUUGAUGAAAUGCAAUCCCUAAAUCUCCCCCAAAAAGGAGAAAGUCUCACAAUUUUACAAAGUGAGCUAAAACAGCAAAAAAAGCUUGUAAUGAGCUUGAAAAAGAAAUCCCUUUGGUCUAAAACUUUGGAGGAGAUCAUGGAGAAGCUUGUUGAUAUUGUUACCUUCUUACAACAAGCGAUCUUGGAAGCUUUUGGAAAUAAUGGUGUUAUAUUGGCUGACAAGGAAGCUGGCAGGGGUCCUCAAAGACUUGGCACAUCUGGUCUUGCAUUGCAUUAUGCUAACAUGAUCAACCAGAUAGAUAAUAUUACUUCUCGACCCACCUCCCUACCUCCUAAUACGAGGGACAGUUUGUACCAAGGGAUGCCAAACAGUGUUAAGGCAGCUCUACGCUCACGGUUGCAGAUGGUUGAUUCCAAGGAAGAGUUCACAAUGGCUCUGGUGAAAGGUGAAAUGGAAAAGACUCUCCAUUGGCUUGCGCCCAUUGCCACAAACACGACCAAAGCACAUCAAGGCUUUGGAUGGGUUGGAGAAUGGGCGAACACUGGAAAUGAUUUCGGCAAGAAUACAGCUGAAAAUACUAACCUGAUCCGCCUCCAGACACUCUAUCACGCAGAUAAGCAGAAGACUGACCUAUACAUCCUUGAACUAGUGACAUGGCUUCACCGGUUGAUAAAUUUAGUUAGACAGAGAGAUCAUGGUUUCUCAUCUAUGCCUGUUCGAUCUCCAGCUCGCAAGGGACUGGUUUUCCGCACCAAGAUGCAACGAAUUCAAUCCCAGAACCACGAUGCCCAACUUUGUCAAGAAGAUCGAGAUUUGUUAGCCAAUGCGUGUCAGAGGAGAUUGGUCCCAGGAAUAAGCAAAAGUCAAGAAUUUUCUUUAGACAAGAAAAGAGGGCAGGUUUUGACGUUGAGCAGGAGUGCCGGAAACUCACCGGUUAGAAGGUUUGCAGCAAGACAAAAAUCAGACCAUCAAAAAACUAAUAUUAUGGAUGUUAUGGAUGGCCUAGAUAACACAAUAUAAGACCAUACUUAAUGUAGUUUACACUGAAGGCAUUUGGCUUCCCUUACGAGUUACGAAUCUCAUCUGUCAUGUAUAUUCUUUUGUUAAGUUCCCAUUCUAUUGUAUAUACCUUAUAUAUAUGAUAAUAUUUAUAUGCAGCAGUAUAAAUAUUAUAGUUUUACUGA